AGAGAGAGAGAGAGAGAGAGAGAGAGAGAGAGAGAGAGAGAGAGAGAGAGAGCGAGAGAGAGAGCGUAGUGUACACACAGGAUCUGUAUGAGACAGCCUGAGAGUGGGAGAGAUCGAGCAAAAAGAAAAGCACAGAAAAAAAAACGAAAUGAAGAAAGGCAGAGACUGGGACGAAACAUAAUUGAAGGAUCAACUAAAGCACUGGACAGCAAGAAGGGUGGAUAAUUCAUCUGAUAAACACCAGUCCUCCUUAUGCCACGUGGAUAUAAGAAAGUAUGGAAACAAAGGAUUAAACGAGUGCAAUGCUCAGUCAUUACUGUUUUGGAACUGAGGAAAAUGAUUUGAGGAUCUUUUUUUACUUCUGAAAUAAAGAGACGCUGAUUCUUUCUUCAAAAAACAUCAUGAUACUGCUUACUCCGUCUUGCCAUCCCAUCUAAACCACUGUGUUCUUAAUGUGUGGGCAUCUACCCCUGUAGCACUCUGGCUGCUCUGCCAACCUCCAGCAGCAUCCUGACGGCACAAUGCUGUGUGCUCAGGGUGUGGCCACCCAUCUGAUGCUUAGCUCACUCCUGUUGCACUUGGCCACGGGUAGCCUACCGGCUGGCUGUCUUAAAGUCUCAGACAUCCUAAGCUGCAGCAAUCUUGGACUUACGUGGAUACCGAUAGAGUUACCAGUAACAGCCGCCACCUUGGAUUUCAACCACAACCAUCUGACCAGGCUAGAGGAAGGUAGCUUCACUGGACUUCCCAAUCUCAUAACCUUGAGGCUGGCCCACAAUCAACUGAGCAACCUUUCCCCUGGAACCUUCAGAAACGCAAGUAGCCUGCGCCACCUAGACCUUUCAUCCAAUCAGCUGAACAAGGUGGAUAAUCAUUACUUUCAAGAGCUUGUGAGAAUGGAGGAGUUGCUUCUCUUCAAUAAUCAUAUUGUUAGAGUGGAAAGCCAAGCACUGCUCAGCCUGAGCAACCUGCACAAAGUAUACCUCAGCCAUAAUCGGCUGACUGACUUCCCAUUCUUCUCCAUUCAGGAGCACAGUCAUCCUUUUCUUGUUAUACUAGACCUAAGCUCUAACCGUAUGCCCAAGUUACCUGUUGAGGACAUUGCAGCUCUGCCAGCUUCAAUUCAAGGUGGACUAUUCUUGCACAACAACACCCUGAUCUGUGAGUGUGCAAUGUAUAGCAUGUUCAAACAAUGGGAGCAAAAAAACUUUAUUUCAGUCAGGGAUUUCCAAGUGGAGCAUACCUGCUUAGUAUAUGGGGAACCCCGUGCCUCAGUGCAGUUUCUUGAACACACUCGCUUCUUUGAAAACUGCACUGUAAAGGGGAAGUUCCAGUUGGUGGAAACAGAUAAUAAUUUGAAAGUGGACGAAGGAGAAUCAGUGUUGCUGGAAUGCAAGACUUCACUAAAGGGGCAACAGAUUUCAUACCAGUGGGUAACUCCAAACAAGGAAUAUAUUGUCCCACCAGGCAACAAUGAUGUAAUGCGAAUGUAUUCAAAUGGAAGCCUGGAGAUUACUGCAGUGCGAGGGGAGGACUCUGGCAUGUACUGGUGUAUGGCAUUGGACCGGCAACAAUUACGUAACGAGACAUGGGAGGUACACAUCAAUGUGACGAAGCAUUCUCAUGAGCCUGAGCCCUUCAACACUGGCUUUACUACUCUGCUAGGAUGUGUGGUUAGCCUGGUACUGGUUCUUAUAUACCUUUAUCUGACACCCUGCCGCUGCUGGUGCCGUAAGCAGCCACUACCUGCAACACCAAGUCCAGCAAAUGAAUGCAGUGCCCAGUCUUCGAUCCUGACACCUACACCACCUGCCACCACAGAGGGUCCCGGCCGCAAGGUGUGUCAAUUCUCUCGCUCGUCUGGCAAACACUCUCUCACUCCUGACAUAUGGAUCACUCUUUCAACUCCACAGUAAUAUUUGAGAGGAGUGAACAAAUUAACUGCGAUGCCAGAAAAUUCUAGAAAAGUCUGCUAAGCCCUGAUAAUGCCUCUCAGAGCAAACAAUGAAUUUAUGGGACAUGGUUUCAGACAACAACAGAUGGAAUGGAUGCUGCCCACGCUGCAUUCACUGGCAGAAGCCAUGACGAAAAUGGCACAGCAAAACUGCCGAUGCUAGACGGUGAUACCAAGACACUUUCACUCCGAUUUAAAGCAAUGAGAAAUGAAAAAACGUAGUAGAACUGAUGUCAGACGUGUGUCAUAAAUGUGUGUGGAUUGACAUCGAGGAAUAUGAAUGAUGUUGAGAAUAAGGCAUGUAUGAGAAUAAAGUCAAUAGUAGCACAACGUGUGACUUUCCUGAUGUGUGAGUAACGGGAAUGACAUUUUGUAAGAAUAAAAAAAAUCUAAUUGUAAAUAAAUUAAUUUAAAAGAUAAACAGUAGCGAUUAUAUAAAAUACACUUUCAAGGAUGACCAAGAUGAUGUGAAUAUGGUCAAAAAAAAAAAGAUGAAAGAUGCAAUCAUCGCUUCAGCGGCCGCCAAACCCGGUGAUGCGGUUUCAACAGAACACAAAUCAAAGGUGAUGUAUUUCCCAAUGGUGCGGCUCAAACUUUGAAAGAGUGUCCAGUGCAGUGAGCAUUAAUAAUACCAUUUACUGCUCAUCAAUCAACAGAACAACCCCAUAAAACAGAAAAUGCUACAACCUACCACAGUGUCAGCAAAAAAAGAAAUUGAAAAUCUUUUCAACAGUUUAGUGAAAUAGGGGAAAAGGUCUCAAACUGUCGUUUGGAUUACGCUUAUUAUUCGGAGAAUAAACUGACUGUGCAAAAAUUAAGGUUGAUAUUAAGCGAAAUAUAGAAGAGCAAAACAAUUUUUCAUUUAAAGCAGUAUAUAUUAGUAACCUGACACAAAAUGAAGCCUUAGCUUUAGGUGAAGAGAAAAUAAAGACGCCAACGAGACCUAAAAAAUAUUCGUUACGUACGACGUGACGACAGAACACCACAGUUUGUACCAGAAACUUAUUUAAAUGAAAAUAUUUUAAACGAAUUAACAUCACUAUCAUUUACGUCAUAUAUUUAAAUUAGGUUCUGUAUUAUAUUCAUAUACUGUAUU